AUGGUGAGAGUUGUGGUGAAUGUUGGAAUAUUUGGGUCGCCGGAGUUGGACUCCAGAGAGAAAGGGAGGAGACAAAUUGUUAGAGCAAUUACUGAGAUACCUCGGCAGGAUGAGAUUGAGAAGGAUUCUGAGAGAGAUUUUAGGGGAAGAUAUGGGGGAAUCAGAGGAGACUGGGGCGUAUGCCGUUUCUCCCUCGUGUUUCCAUGCCUGGAUGAGUUAUGGGCUGAUGGGUGCUGGCAGUGGCAAAGUUUGGGGGUGCAGGCUUAUGGCGUUAGACCUAAAGAUAAGGAAGGCAUGAUUGGUAUGGAAUUCUUGAGGGCAUUAAAGCUGAUUUUCUUUCCAACUGGUUCUCUCUGUGAUGUGGUGCUUUCAGUUUGGAGGACUCUGCUGGUUUCCCUUGUUCCUGCUGGUUUUUCAGGCAACAUCUGUUUCUUUAAUGCUGUUGUGGGGGUUCUCAUGUUGCUUUUCUGCUGCUUGUUGUCUGGAUGCACUGUUCAUGUGAACUGCUUCGCGAUUGCUGCAGAUUGUCUCUUCCAGCUGAUCUCAGUUGGUUUAUUGACUGGAACACAAUGUUGGUAUUUCACGGUUCUGUUCAGCAGCAUUUCUUCUCUGUCCAAGUCCACUGCUCACGUGAGCAGUCCGGUUGCUGCACUGCUGAAUCUUCUUGUUUUCCAGCUGGUUUUCCAAUUGGUUUCUUGCUUGUAUGAGCCACUCAGCUGGCCUCUCUACUGUUUUUUUGGUUUUGCAAUGAAGGAGUGCUGGGGGCUCGGGAUCCCAGCUGCUUUCUCUUAUGGUGUUACUGCUGCCUUUUCUGAUGAAUUUCAGCUGCCUCUGCUCUCACCCUUUGCAGCUGCUUUUCAUGCGUCUGUUCACCUGAUUACAGCUGGAAUUUCAGCUGCUGUUCAACUGGAUUAA